AUCGCCUCUUCAGAACCAACAUGUCUAUUGGUGACGGAUACUGGCAAUGCUAGAAAGAGUUGGCUUCUCACGAUCAUGUCUUUUGCGACAAAGUAGAGCAUAUAGCACGACAUCAUCUUCCCUAAGAGAUGUCCCUAUCCUCCAGGACGCCUCUCUAACCACAUUCCGGAAUCACGCAUUUACUCCAGCGGUACCAUCGCUAUUGCCCAGAGGAGCAUUUUGUUCGAUUCCGGCAACGAAGAGAUGGUUCAAAGAGUCUUUAGAGCGCGAAUCUCAGCCAGGUCUCGAUACUAUAUAUUUGAAGAAAUGGGGCUCGACCAUCGUUCCUCUGGAGAUCACAAACGAAGGUGGUCAAUUUACUCAAGUGCAUCAACCUCUUCAGUUCUUCCUUGAUGCAUCAGAGCUAGAAACCAAGGCUAGCGUCUAUCUGGCCCAGGCUUCUUUGUCUGACCUACCGUCAUCGCUGUCGGAAGACUUACCUACGCCGGAACUUGUGUCCAAAGCCGGUAGAGGUGAUAUCUACGACACGAGUAUUUGGUUGGGUCACGCGCCGACUUACACACCUCUACAUCGCGACCCUAAUCCAAAUCUGUUCGUACAGUUGGCUGGCAAGAAGCAAGUUCGUCUCUUCAAGCCUGACAUGGGUAAUGCGAUCUUCCAUCAUGUUCAAAUCACUAUCGGAGGAGCUGCAAACGCGACCAUUCGAGGCGCCGAGAUGAUGGAAGGUGCCGAGCGCAAAGCGCUGGAACAAGCGGUUUGGAGUCCGUCCUCCGCCGCCUUUUGGUCAUCUGAAGGCCUGCAAUGUGAAGUUGGUCCGGGAGAUGCGCUGUUCAUCCCCAAAGGGUGGUGGCACAGUAUCAAGGGUGUGGGCCAGGGUAUGAUUGGUUCCGUAAACUGGUGGUUUCGAUGAUUUGAUUUAUUCUGGAUUGUUGGCUAUCCUGACUCGAUUCUGUUGACUAUCCUGUACCAAACUUACAUCUCUGAAACGAUUAUGCAAUCGCUCUGUGCAAAUUGCAUGGCUUUGAGGAAGCCGGAAAAGUGUGAGUAUGAUGAUUAAGUAUCUUCGGGCAUCACUGAGAUACUGAGUCUCCAUAGUCAACACCUGCCAAAAAAGCACAACGAUAGGGCCUCUUCGGGACGACUGCCGAAUCUGAUACUGUGACACCU